CUGUGUGCACAUCAGAAGCACAAAUAAUCUCAAUUCAAUUACUUUAUUCACGUAAAAAGACCAAGAUGCGCAUUGCAAGGACUAGAAUUUGAGUGUUUAGGAUUUUAGCUUACCCUAUUUUAGAGCUAUUAUGGUAGAAUCCAUUACCGUGUUGCGCGGGAUCAGGAAAAGUUGUGCAGGCUGCUUAGCUAGCUACGAACAUAGUACUAAUUUGGUAAGCAUUUUACAUUUUCCUAUAGUAAACACCAUUCAGACUGUUUGUGAAUAUGACACUAACAUACACAUAAUAGUAUUCCUUUCUUAACGGUAUGAAUUAGUUCGUUUUGAACUGAGGUCAAAGCUAUAAAGACAGUCCGCAUGUUCAUGUUGUCACCGGAAAAUACUAGAAUGACGGGAAAAGGAAACAUUGUAGCGCAACGCUAGGUAGCUAAAGUUAGUAACUACAUGUUGACAAGCAUGAAAAAGUAUCUACCUGUAAACAUAAUAAUGCACUCUUCAUGGGUCGCGGGAGAUUCGGCAUUAAUGAAUGAAACUGUAUCCGUCCACGUUUCUGUUUGUGUGCACGAGUCGAUGGGCUAAUGCAUGGCAUGGGGGUAAGGGUUAAUGCCCUUGCUACACACCCACACUGUUAUGCACGAAUCAUGCAUGCCCUCUGAGUCGGACACUUGUAGAAUGUUCCCACAUCUUAAACUCAAUUCAGGUGUGCAAUAGGUAGGUGCAUGGUCCUGAAACAUUUUCCCAAUUGGCUUUUUCGUAGGACUACACGCAUUUCAUAUAGCUAUGUUCUUUCUGUGAAUGUAGGCUAAAGUUGCAUUCUGUUUCCAAGUUUGCACUGAGUAGAUGAUCUGUGUAUUAUUAUGUGUCAACAGAGUGCUCUACGUCGCAAGGAAAUGGCUCGGGAUUACAAACCUGGUGAUUUGAUCUUUGCGAAGAUGAAGGGCUACCCUCACUGGCCUGCCAGGGUAAGGCAAUACACAAUCACACAAAACAAGUUACUUCCAGUUACCAUAACGACGUAUGUAGAGCUGGUCUAUAUGGACAAAAAUCCAUAUCGCGAUAAAUUGCCAGAAAUUAUGCAAUAACGAUACAUUUAUAAUAACAUUAAUGUGCACCACAAUUUUGUGUAAAUUAUCCUUUUAAACUACUACUACUAGUUUGAUGGUUGUAGACAUCAAUUGUCCCAUUAACAAUCACCAAUAUUAGCACAAUUAUUUCAUUUCAAACUUCAUAUUUCUCUAGUAUAGGCUACUUAUCGUAAUGAACGAUAUCAGCAAAAUGCCUGCGAUAAGUGAUGGGUAUGAUCGGUGUCGAUAAUUUUCGGUUUGUCGUCCCAGCGCUAACAUAUAGUAAUUUUUCUUUAAUUUCAUGGUAUUCUAGAGUUGUUACUUCCAUUCUAAACUUAUAUUGAACACUUUUAAAGCAGACAUGUUACACAGAUAAUUUGUCAUGCAGGGCAUUUAUUAAAGACGGGUGUUUUGAAUUGUCUGCCAAUCAGAGACUCCUGAGUGGCGCAGUGGUCUAAGGCACUGCAUUGCAGUGCCAACUGCACAAUUGGCUAAGCGCACAAUUGGCCCAGCGUCGUCCAGGGUAGGGGAGGGAAUGGCUGGCAGGGAUGUAGCUCAGUUGAUAGAGCAUGGCGUUUGCAACGCCAUGGUUGUGGGUUCGAUUCCCACGGGGGGCCAGUAUAAAAAAAUGGAUUCACUAACUGUAAGUCGCUCUGGAUAAGAGCGUCUGCUAAAUGACUAAAAUGUAAAUGUAAUUACAUAAAAUGUACAGACUAGGCUCAUCAAUUCCCUGCUCUCUCCCUUUCUACCAGAUUAAUGACUACUCUGAUGGAGCUGUGAAGCCGGCCAACAUGAAGUUUCCCAUCUUCUUCUUUGGUACCCAUGAAACGUAAGAAGUUAGCUAGCUCCCUCGGUCUCACCCAUAUACUACACUACACUACACUACAAUACAAUACAAUACACCCUCUAUCUCAACAAUACACCAGUGCUUGAUAUUGGCAAUGUGUACAAUAUACAAACAUCAGCUUGAGCACCAGAAAAGCAUCUAUGCAUUGACUUUCCUCCUCUAUUGCAGUGCAUUCCUAGGCCCCAAAGAUGUAUAUCCCUACCUGCCCAAUAAAGAGAAGUAUGCCAAGCCUAACAAGAGAAAGGGCUUCAACGAAGGCUUGUGGGAGGUUGAGAACAACCCGAAGGUGGAGCUGAAUGGAGAGAAGGUUUGUUUUAUCUCCUCUCUUUUGUCACCAUUGUCAUUUUGCUCUGGUUCGUGUUCGUUAGGGCACACAACGGAAGACGUUAUGCAACAGAAAAUGAAUAUGAGCGUUCAGCCUGGCUUCAGACCCAAUACGAAAUGUACUUUACAUAUUUCUAAGCACCUCCAAGACGUAUGAUACCUACUAAUGGUCUAGUUACUUUAGACAGAAACAAAAGCGGGGAGGAUGGGCGGGCCUAAUCCGUGACUGUCUAGGUUGCGUGUUCGAGUCGCGCCAGGGACUGUAGCAUUUAAAAGGUGCAGCGAAAUGCUUAUGUGCUAGCUCCCUCAACAAUGCAGUACAUUAAUCAAUUUACUUCCAUUUGGUGUCUAAUGAACAUGCCCCUGGAGUUUUCUAUGGAGGUGGGGGGGGUUGCCCUAAUGGUUAAAGGGGCAAUCUGCUAUUUCUACAUCCAUUUUUGGACUGUUAAAUAAAUGAAAUAUAGCCAUUGAUUCUUGAAGAAUAUAACUUAUAAAUGCCUCAUGAGCUUAGAUCAACUGUCAUACCCCAUCAGAACCCAAAAUAUAACAAAGUCUAUGUAAACAAACACUGUAUAGUUUCAAAAUAUGGUUAAAUCUAUCAUUUGGAUAUUAUGGAUGGUCAGUCCUUGUCUAUGAAUGCAAGAGUGGUAAUAUUCUAUUUCUCAAGGCCCAUCCCUCAGCUGUUUACCAAAACAAGUGAUGGGUGACAACGUUUUGUUAUUGUUUCAACUGCGGAUUGCCCCUUUAAGGUUAGGUUUUGGAGUUAAAGUAGUCUGAUCCUAGGUCUGUGAUUUAGGAAUGUUUUUUUUUGGCAACAUGUUUGGUUUUCUUUCAUUAGCAAAUGAUGCUGUCGGAUAACGUAACGGAGAAGGACUCUGACAGUAACCCAGAAGGGGACGAGGAGGGAGAUUAUGAGAAGAGGAAGAAACCCAAAGUAGGCUAACCAUUCUACCAUAGAAGUAGAAUCAAUUAUUGCAUAGUUAAUUCUAUUUAUAUGGACUGUGUUAUUCACGUGUAAGAAUACUGACUAACCUCACUUUCUUGACUAGCACCAUGCCUACGUAACAUUGAAUGACGUGCGCUCUUGUACCAAUGUCUGUCUGCUGUUGAUGUUGUCUCCUUUUGCCAAUGGUACAGUGCUUUGUGUCGUAAUACCCCAAGAGGCAAACCAUUGGCUGUGAAUUGACAAUGAAUUGGGAAAUGUUAUUUUUGAGGGGGGGGGGGUGUAUGUUACUAGUAUUUGACCAGAGUUGUUUGCCCAAGCUGAACCCCAAUUAUGUGUGGAAUUGUCUAGGAGCGAAGGACUGAAGUCAAGGGAGAGAGGGGGCCCAACUUCUCUCUCUGGAUAGCUGUCAAUUGGCCCAACUAAAUAACUAACCUAACCCCCCAUACCCUGGGCACUGUGUGUUUGGUGUGGUUACCCAGGUGUCGGGGGCUGAGAGUGAGGCUGGACAGGAGGAGGAUGGUGAGGAGGAGGAUGGGGGCAUGCAGGUCUCUGAACAGAGACAGCCCCAGGAUGUACGUACUGUUGCAUGAUGGGAUAGGUGACCCUCCCACCCCACUUAGGGAAAGCAUGAUGUGGCACCUGGUGAUUUUCAUUUUAUAGUUGUUGAUUUUUGUCCCUAUUGUUACCAUUGGCUUGCACGACUACGCAUUGCAAAGGUGUAAGGUGAUGGUUUGGCUCCGUAUCCUCCCUCUGUUUCUUAGCUAGCCUGGUUUUUCUGUUGGUAACAAUAGUAUUUUGAGGAGUGUUUUAGAACUGUGCCACAUAACUACAGGGAUGGGUAGGGGUAGGUAGGGUUAUUUCCUUGUAGUGAAUGGUGAGAAGGGCAAAGAGAGAGGAGUUUUCAGUACCUGUCUAGGAGGCCUGUAAGUUUAGUUUACCAUGGAUAUGGAUAGCGGUGUGAUUGUGUCCUUAAAAUAACCACUGUCAUUCAUUUUAAACAAACCUGGGCUCUCACUAUGGGGGAUCAUGCAAAUGUUGUGUUUAGUGAGAUUGGGCAUUCACCAUAAAAAAUGUAAAUAAAUCUGUGCAUUUUUUUGGGUGAAUUAGAUGUGGUAUGUUCAAAAUGUAAUUUGCAUGAACCUGAAUGAUUGAAUCCUCCCUUUCCUUCACACUUCUCUAAAGAUUUGAUGUCCUAGACUGUUUUUCUGAUUCAACAUUGACAUGCCUAGGCCUGCUUGUUGAUCAGUGGCAUGUGUUGCUCCCUCCCUUGCUCCUUGGGUUGUUGUUAUCAAGCUUUUAAUUGGGGGGCUGAACUACAGCAAUUCUUAUCAGUUAAAGCAACGUAUUUAUGUUUUAUUUUUGCAUGGCAUUCAAUGUCGCUCUGGAGAAAGGUAAGGUGCUCUCUUGCCCCAAUGACUGACCGUUCACUUGAUAGGAACUGUUCUGGGAACUACACUCUUGCCGGCUGACUUGGUAGGUGUAAUACAACAGUAAUCCACUAGAUGGGGCUGAAACGCUAAACUUUCCCUUGUUUUAUGGCAAGGACAGUUGGGAUGGAGUUAUUACUAUACAGAUGCAGUCAAAUAUAUUGGCACCCUUGCAUGACUCACUUUCUUCUAAAAUAAGUUGACAUUGAAAAAACAUUUGGUGUUUACAUGUGCAUUUGUUUGAUUUACAACUGCACAGGACAAAACAAAAACAAACAAACAAAAUAUAUAUAUAUAUAUAUAUAUAUAUAUAUAUAUAUAUAUAUAUAUAUAAAUAAACUGAAAUUUAGAUUUUUAACCUAAGUCAACAAAUGGCCUUAAAUUCUAAAUAAUUUGGUUGGAGGCAAAGAUUCUGGUUUACUGUGUAAUUGAUCUCACCUGUGGUAAAUUGCAGAUGCCUACAUGGUAAAAAUAUCCAUUCAACCACGUUUAAAAGAGAAAGCAGAACGUUCUACUCCAUUACAGUAUAGUGUAAAGUGCAAGGGCUGCCAAUAUAUUUGACUGCAUCUGUGUGUGUGUUAUUUUUCUAGGACCCCACACCAAAGGAAUCUACAGACACUCCCAAACCCAAGAGAAGAAGGAAGAAAAAGGUGUCCCAUAUCCUCAUGUAUAACAUGAAUGAACUCAGUCGAGACAUAAUGCAGCUGACAUACAAUACAACUUGUCGAUCACUUUGAAACUAAACUCGGUGUCUUGCGUUCCGUGUCUCUUGUCAGAGUGAUGUAGAGGCCGACUCGGAGAAAGAGGACACUGCCAACAGUCCCACAUCCAGCCCUCAAGGUACAGCGUCUGUCAAUGCAACCCUCGACCUUUCCCGCUGUUGUAGGUGUUGUGAGAGUGUAUGUGUGUGUGUGAGCAAGACAUCAGUCCUACCUCAGGCACUCCUAUUAUUUUGUCAAAGGGUAACACAACAACCACAGUAAUGGAAAACAGCUUGCAUGGCUCUCAUAUCUGGAUUGGGACAGUAGUGUCCUUCUCAUUAUGAUAACUGAUGAGGACUAACAACUACAAACUCUAUGACCUGUAAAACAUUUGGAUCCUUUGUGCUCCCUAUGUGUUCCUGUGUGUUCCUGUGCCCAGGCGGAGAGGGCCCCACUCCUAAGCGGCGAGGCAGGAAGACCAAAGCUGAGAAGAUGCUCCUACUCCAGCAGCAGGACCCCCAGGGCUCAGGCAGUGACAUGUACGGUUGCAUAAUGUGGUUAUGGUUCGUCUGUCUGUCUUACCUGCUGUUAUCUCCUGUAGAGGCCUCUUCAGCAGGCUUCUCCUUGUCCGACUCCUGCUUCUUAUCAUCACCAUUAGACAAGCACACAUACAAUAAGAGCAAAUGUGCAUUUACAAGAACAAUAAAUGUCUUCAUUGCACAGGUGUAUUUUAACAAUUUCAGUUAUAUGUAUCUAAUAGAAUCUCUAUAUGAGACACAUCCACUGAUUUAAAGGAUCCACUAGUAAUCCAUAAUUAAUGGGCUGUUAAAAUACUUUGUCAGAAAACAACAGAGGAUCAACACUACUGUAGCUACCGUUGAACAACAUUGCUUUGACUUUCUUGGGUAAAAAAAAAAAGUCCUAAAAGACGUUUCUCUCCGAUCAGGGACACUGCUGAGUCAGAGAGAAAGAGGAAGAGGACGCCGGAAGACAAGUCCAGGAGAGGAGAGCAGGAGAAGAGGCCUGAGGGGAGGAGAAAGGAGGAGAGCAAAGGGAGGAAGGACCCUGACGCUAAACGGAGGAGACAGGCCAAAGAGGAGAGCUCCUCUGACUCCUCUGACCAGGAGGUGGGUGUCCCACGACCAGACAGGGGUGGUGUCCCACGACCAGACAGGGGUGGUGUCCCACGACCAGACAGGGGUGGUGUCCCACGACCAGACAGGGGUGGUGUCCCACGACCAGACAGGGGUGGUGUCCCACGACCAGACAGGCUGGCAAAUUCUAAUUCAGAUACUGUUUCCACUAUAUGGGGGGGUUGCCAGUAGUUGGUACCUUCCAAGUACCCAUAGGGUUAAAGGUGCAUGUUGAACAUUUGCUCCAGCCUAGUGUAGCAUACAGUUACACAGUGAUACCAUGUCAUGACAAACGGUACCAGCCAAGCAUAUCUACAUGUAUGAACAUCCAAUCAACAUCUCUUUCUCCACCCCGUUAACCAAUGUAACCAUCAGAAGAGCAAGCGGCAGCAGCCCACUCCGACCGAGACGGGGGACAAAGACGAUCAGAAAGAGUAAGGUGACCCUCUGUCCACCUGUCUGUCUGUCUCUGUCCACCUGUCUGUCUGUCUCUGUCCACCUGUCUGUCUCUGUCCACCUGUCUGUCUGUCCAUCUAUCUACCUGUCUGUCCAUCUAUCUGUAUCUGUCUGUCCGUCCACCCAACACUCACCUUUCUAUUUAGUACCCCACAUGAGUUCCACAUCACCCCACAGGGGCUCCACAUCACCCCACAGGGGCUCCACAUUCUCAAUGACUAGUGAUAUAUUUUUUACUGCUCCGUCUAAAAAUGGCGCCCGACGUGAUGGUCGUUUGUGUAGAACACCAUGUGUCAGAGGUCACUGUGACAAGAUGGCAGGGUCAGGGUUUAUGUCGAAUGGUAGCCGCAGCGGGAGGACAGGGCAAUGACAGAAUUGGAUGCCAGACAUGAGGGUCAUUCCAUGUGCACAGGUCACAAGAGGCCUGCACAACAGGGGUCAACUGUUCUGGAUGGGGGGGGGGGGGGGGGGGAUUGGGUUCCCUGUUCUGUACAUCCAUCUCAAAUUAUCUCCAGUUGACAUGUUGAUGGAAUUUCCAGUGGUGCUACUCUUAAAACGACUGGCAGUUCAGUUUGGUUGUGUGUACAUAUGAGGUUUUUGGUUAGUCGUUUGCAUGUGGACUUCAAAUUGAAUUGACGUGUGACCUGAGUUGAUUUGGUGCGUUAAUGGUCUUAUGUGUUUCUCUAUCAGGCAAAAAAAAGAGGAUGGGAAAAAAGUGGAUGAAAGGAAAGGUGACAAGAAGAAAGGUGAGUUUGUGUAUUGGUGUUUUCUCGUGGACAUUGUGAAGAUCAUUGCUACUAGGCCUAGUUAUCCUCUGUGGAGAUUAGGUCAACUCUGGCUUUCAUGACUGAUGUCUGUUUUUCUUCCCUUCAUCGCAGAGAUAUCGACAGAAUCGAGGCUGCAGAGGUUGCAUGGAGAAAUCAAAAUCUCCCUCAAGAUUGACAACCCAGUAAGUUCAAGACUGCCCCUGAUCAGGGGUACUCUGACCCUACGAGGUGCGGAGCCUGGUGGUUUUCUGUUCUACCUGAUAAUUAAUUGCACACACCUGGUGUCCCAGGUCUAAAUCAGUCCCUGAUUAGAGGGGAACAAUGAAUGCAGUGGAACUGGCUUCGAGGUCCAGAGUUGAGUUUGAGGGAUCUUGAUCUUAGUUCUUGUUUAUUUAUUACUUUUUUUGUCAGACCUUUGCAAUUUUGUUUAGUAGGCUGUUACUCACCUGGUUGAAGAAGAUAAAUGUGUGUGUGUGUAGGAUGUGAAGAAGUGUCUGGUGGCGUUGGAUGAGCUGGGUAUGCUGCAGGUCACCACCCAGCACCUGCAGAAACACUCAGAGCUGAUAGCAACACUCAAAAAGGUAAUGUCCCUGUCAGAGCUGUGUCCCAGAAUGCAUGUAAUGACCCUGACUGCUGGGGUUUAUGGUUGAGGGUAGCGCUUCCCCUACAAAGACGCACACCUGCUGCCACUUAGCCCUCACCUUCUGCUUAGGUCGUCACAUUAUAAGAGUACAUAAGAACAUCUGCUAAUUGUAUACAACUGUGGGUGCAUGUUAUCGUGUGCAUGUUUACGGGUGAAUAUUUAUGUGCAUGCAAACUUUUAUCCCCCAUGUACAUGCUGCUCUUUGUUGCCAGAUCUGGAGGUUUAAUAAGUUAAAUGCUAUUGAUAUUUUAUCCAAAGUGACUUAGACAUUUGUGCAUACAUUUUACGUAAGGGUGGUCCCGGGAAUUGAACCCACCAUCCUGGCGUUGCAAGCGCUAUGCUCUACCACCUGAGCUACAGAGGACCACCUAUAUCUCUUGUAUUUACUGUAUGCUCUCCAUGGGUGGCCAGAUCCGGAGGUUCAAGGCCAGCCAGGACAUUAUGGACAAGUCCACCAUGCUGUACAACAAGUUUAAGAGCAUGUUCCUGCUGGGGGAGGGGGACCAGCUGCUCAGCCAGGUGCUCAACAAGUCCAUAGCAGAGCAGAAGCAGCAGGAGGAGGCCAGGAAGGGAGUCCAGAAGAAGGCAGAGCGGGCCAGGGAGAACAACACAGGUACUGGGAGGGAAGAGGGACUGGGGCUCUGUUCCUAUAGCCACACUAGCGAACUGCACACUGGCUAACUGCAAACUUAGUAAAGCCAAGAAUGGUGCUUUGAAGAAGGCCAGCAGGUCAGGGAAAACAACACUGGGAAUGGGACUGGGGGAGGGGGAAUGGGGGUCUUGUGGAGUGGGAGAUAAGUGAUAAAUGUAAUGGAGGUGGGUUGGUGACACUACUUACUGUAUGUCUGCACCUAGAGCUAAACCCAAGGCUUUAGCUCAGUGGGCUAAUGCAGUUUUGAGUCAUGCGGAACACUGUGGUUUGAUACCUGAUCAGUCACAAUAGCUGGAUUUAGAAGUUGCCCAAAAGCACUGGUCUCAGAUCAGAUUAGCCAACAGAAUCCUUCAGAAAGAUGAAGAAAUAUUACCCAGUAUCUGUGGUUAGGGUCAACGCUCUACAUAUUCCUCCUUGGGAAUCUGAUGUGAUGAGCAUCAACUCAAACAUUCCAGAUUCAGAAGGCUCGGUGUCUUUCUCAGUGUUCUGCAAUGCUCGUUGUGUGGCCUGUGAAAUAUCCUGUGAAUUUAUGUCCAUACGACUAAUUGUUUGGGAGAAAAACUCUUCACCAGCCAGUAUAGAGAAAGGGUAGAUAAAGACCAGACCGACUCUGAGACUUAAUAGAUAUGUGCCUUUUUGUUUAGAAUAUUGUUUUAUUACAUUUUUUACAUAAACAAUUACUGUGGGAACAUAUUGUGAUGAAAGGCAAACAGUCACUUAGUAUAGGUAGUUAAGAGCGUAUCCGCUCUUGGCUCAAUGCCAAACUUGUGAUAUGCACACGUGAAUCUGACUUUCGUAUAAGUCAGGCGGGGACAACAUUAGGAGAAUUAGCUCAAAUUCUAGUUAUGUGCACAUAUCGGGUUAGGAUUUGACACUAUUUAAUCAGGUAUGGUGGGCCAACUCCGAACUGGAAAUACACGCAACUUUUGCAUAAAUCAUCAUGCUUUGUCAAUGGGAGAUUCAUUCGCAUGAAAAUUGGAGUUAGCGUUGUGCUUUCAUUCCUGUAUGAAAAGAAUAUUGUCUACUGAUCAUAUAGGCUUUGAGGUUCUGGUCACCUCAUUGGCCACCCUUUAUGACCGGUUAGGCCAUGUGCGUAGAAUAAAGCCUUGUUCACACUGCAAGCCUUAAUGCUCAGAUCGGUUUUGUUUUUUAAAAUCCAUUUCGGAAUACUGACUGUCCAAACAGCGAGUUACAUGUGACCAAAUCGGAUUUGUGUGUGUUCAGACAGCAGUCAUUUGCUGACAUGGCAACGCUAGUUGUCAUAGUAACGAUGGGUGGUGUUGAUUGGUGGUGGUGCUCAUGACGUGCUUCCUAUCACUCCGGAAGUGUAGCAAGCUAAGGUGACAACAAUGCCUGCCAUGGACAUUUUCCCAGUUGCUUUGAAUGUUCAAAAUCAUAGUGUUAGAACUAGGGUUGUGGAGGGCAUUAAAUUGUCAGCCGGUUAUUGUCGUGCAAAAGACUGCCGGUCUCACGGUAAUUGACCGUUAAUUAACAAACACCUUUAGCAUCUCCAUGCCUCCACACAUACAAGCCACUGAUGCACCCUUUAAGAAAGUAUAAUAAAUCAAUUUAAUGUACACCAUCACAAAAAAUCCAUUGUUGUAGUCAGGUCUAAAGAAACAUGAUAUGAAGAAAAUGUAUUUCAGAAGAUCUAAAUAUUUGUUGGCCUACUGUAGGCCUAUGUUAUCUGGCUAUGCUCCAUGCCAUAGGCUGUAGGCUUGUUCAUUUAGCUGACAACAUAUAAAACAAGUCCCGUCGCAUUCUUUUAUUUUAUAUGAUUUUAUAGUAAGAAUAAUAUAAUUGAACUUUUUUUUUCUUGUUUGUUGUUGUUUUUUUGUUAGGGGGUAGAUCAGCUUUAGUAUUGCAGAUUGUAACUUCCAUCAAUGUAAUUGUCUGCAUCACUUCCAAUCCCCCAUAUAUAUUUUUUGCAUAUAUACAGUACCAGUCAAAAGUUGGGACACACCUACUCAUUCAAGGGUUUUUCUUUAUUUUUACUAUUUUCUACAUUAUAGAAUAAUAGUGAAGACAUCCAAACUAUGAAAUAACACAUGGAAUCAUGUAUUAACCCAAAAAGUGUUAAACAAAUCAAAAUAUAUUUUAUAUUUGAGGUUCUUCAAAUAGCCACCCUUUGCCUUGAUGACAGCUUUGCACACUCUUGGCAUUCUCUCAACCAGCUUCAUGAGGAAUGUUUUUCCAACAGUCUUAGAGGAGUUCCCACAUAUGCUGAGCACUUGUUGGCUGCUUUUCCUUCACUCUGCCGUCCGACUCAUCCCAAACAAUCUCAAUUGGGUUAAGGUCGGGGGAUUGUGGAGGCCAGGUCAUCUGAUGCAGCAUUCCACUCUCCUUCUUGGUAAAAUAGCCCUUACACAGCCUGGAGGUGUGUUGGGUCAUUGUCCUGUUGAAAAACAAAUUAUAGUCCCACUAAGCCCAAACCAGAUGGGAUGGCGUAUCGCUGUAGAAUGCUGUGGUAGCCAUGCUGGUUAAGUGUGCCUUGAAUUCUAAAUAAAUCAGUGUCACCAGCAAAGCUCCCCCACACAAUAACACCUCCUCUUCCAUGCUUUACGGUGGGAACUACACAUGUAGAGAUCAUCCGUUCACCCGCACCGCGUCUCACAAAGACACAGCGGUUGGAACCAAAAAUCUCAAAUUUGGACUCCAGACCAAAGGACAAAUUUCCACCGGUCUAAUGUCCAUUGCUCGUGUUUCUUGGCCCAAGCAGGUCUCUUCUUCUUAUUGGUGUCCUUUAGUAGUGGUUUCUUUGCAGCAAUUUGACCAUGAAGGCCUGAUUCACACAGUCUCCUCUGAACAGUUGAUGUUGAGAUGGCUGUGACUUGAACUCUGUGAAGCAUUUAUUUGGGCUUCAAUUUCUGAGGCUGGUAACUGUAAUGAACUUAUCCUCUGCAGCAGAGGUAACUCUGGGUCUUCCAUUCCUGUGGCGGUCCUCAUGAGAGCCAGUUUCAUCAUAGCGCUUGAUGGUUUUUGCAACUGUACUUGAAGAAACUUUCAAAGUUCUUGACAUUUUCCAUAUUGACUGACCUUCAUGUCUUAAAGUAAUGAUGGACUGUCGUUUCUCUUUGCUUAUUUGAGCUGUUCUUGCCAUAAUAUGGACUUGGUCUUUUACCAAAUAGGGCUAUCAUCUGUACACCUUUACCUUGUCACAACACAACUGAUUAUCUCAUAUCUUAAGAUGGAAAGAAAUUCCACAAAUUAACUUUUUAAGGCUCACCUGUUAAUUGAAAUGCAUUCCAGGUGACUACCUCAUGAAGGUAGUUGAGAGAAUGCCAAGAGUGUGCAAAGCUGUCAUCAAGGCAAAGGGUGGCUAUUUGAAGAAUCUAAAAUAUAAAAUAUGUUUUGAUUUGUUUAACACUUUUUUUUGGUUACUACAUUUACAUUUUAGUCAUUUAGCAGACGCUCUUAUCCAGAGCGACUUAGUUAGUGCAUACAUUCUUUUUUCAUACUGGCCCCCCGUGUUAUGUGUUAUUUCAUAGUUUUGAUGUCUUCACUAUUAUUCUGCAUUGUAGAAAAUAGUAAAAAUAAAGAAAAACCCUGGAAUGAGUAGGUGUGUCCCAACUUUUGACUGGUUCUGUACAUACAUACAUACAUACAUACAUACAUAUAAAUAAAAACAUAUACAUAUCCUUUAAAAAUAUAUAUUUUCCUUUAUUACUUUCUAACCCUACCACCCCUCCCCUAAUUGGAGUAAACUAGUGAACAACAAUACUUAGGCCCUCUACUUCCAGCUUAUACAUACUAAAUACAUUUUAUGUACACAAUUUUACAAUAGUUCUAUUUUGUUUGUUUUUACUCCUGAACUUCCUCAAUCUCUCUGAUAAUUUUCAUGAUGUCCAUCCGGUUAGCUUCUAUAUGCCAUAUCUUUCUAACUGUGCUCUUUCACAAAAGUUCUUAACCUAUAAUUAUUGAACUUAGCUGAAUAAAAUAUAAAUAAUAUUUUUCCCAUUACGGAGCGAGUGCGCAUAUGAAGUGGCUAUGUUGAGCAUAAAAGUGAUCAUUUUGAAACAGGUCCUAUAUGCUAGAUAGAGUUAUUUGGGAACUUUAGUUGCGAAUGAUACAAACCUUAGAAUGUCUUAGAAAUCAAAACGGAUAUCGGCUGCAUGGUGUGACUACAGGCUAUUGAUGAUUUGAGAAAGGAACAAAAAAAGCUGUUCCUUGCCCCAGUCUGCACAGCUGUUCUCUCAUCGAGUGGUCAUAUUUUCACACAUCAGACUACUCUCAAUUUAAUCUUGUCUUUACCUAAUAUGUAAAAUGUGUUUAGAUUUAGAAUGGCCCAUUAUCAAAUGGGCAUGGGGGGAAAAAGACAUAAUCCAUAUGUACUCAAAUAGCGAAUGGAGGCCGCGCGCUUUCCCACCAGUCCGUUUUGUAGGGCUACUUCAGGUUUAUAGCGGAGCAUGUGUUUUAAUAUGAGCAGCUGAGAAAUAAAUAUAAGAACACUUAUUUCACUCCACGCCUCAACCACUGCCCGGGCUCAUAUGCAUAAGCUCUAGUAUGCUUAUUGGAGUUUUGAAUUCAUCUCACCUUUAGAAAGCGCUAAGGUUUCAUUGUUAGGCUUUGGAACAACAUCCCCCAAAACCAUGUUUAAUACUGUUCAAAUUGAUCAUCACAGUGAAGUGAGUUUUAAAAGUAAGAUAGGCCUGCUGUUUUGAUAAGUGCUUGAUGUGAUUUUCAGUUGCAUUUGUAUCGAUGUCAGUGGUUAGAGGGACAAUAGAGCCCUGAGUAACAGGCCAUUAGGACCUGAUGGUAGUUAGCAAGUUGGAUACUACCAAAGCAUGUCCAGAUUGCAUAAAAGGAGAUUACCAUGGACAGUCACAUGGAAUUUUAUUGCGGUCAUGACUCAUGACGGCCGGUGUGGGGGUAAUAUGGGUGACCCCCUAGUAAGAACACCUUUUAAAGUCUCAAGGUAUAUAGCCACAGCAGUCAACUAGCUAGCUAGGUAGCUGUUUAGCUUUCUAGCACAUUCACUCAUUUGUUUGUAAAUAAUUAACAAAAUAGUUAGUUGCCACAUGGUCUUGUUUAAACUGUCAACAGAUUAGCAGCAAGCAACAAGAUAUGCCUAAUAACAGUCUAACAACCACUUAAGCGGAAAUAAAUCCGAUUUGACUGUUCAGACAAGUCACAUGGCCAGGGAUCAGAUUUUAAUCUGAUUUCAAACCACAUACGAAGGUGGUUUGAAAUCUGACUUGAAAUAUCUGAUUCAAUGUGAUUUUUGGUUGUUCAGACUGCAGGAAAAAUUACAGAUUCUAAUCAGAUAUGUAAUUUGUAUUUUUAUUUUAUAGGAUUGGAGUCAUUUCAAACUGCCAAUGUGAAUAAGGCUUAAGAGUAAGAUGCCACAGCGGCCUUACCACCAUAGAAUUAUAUUUCUGUGGUUCCCAUAACUUUUUAUGACUGGUCUGUAGGCACUAUGCCCUUUUUUUAUGAUUGGCUCAGUAAGUGUUAACACGAUCAGGAGGGUUGUGUUAUAGUCGGGACCACAUCCGUACUACCAGGCAUUUCCAAUGGAUGGAAUAUCAGAUUAGUCUCCGCCUGGCCAGGGUGCAGGCAUGAGUGUGUCACAUGUCAUCCCCUCCUGACUCCUCCAGGAGAUUUCAGUGUUAUGGGUCGUAAAAUGAGAGCUAGAAAAAUAAUGAUGUGUAUCUGGGCAAGAGGCUGGGUGUCUGUUUUUGGAUGAUGUAUGCAGGCUAAAACUGAAAGUGUGUGUGUCUGCGUGUGCGUCUGUUCCUCACGUUGUGUGUGUCUCUUGCUCUAGAUAAGACUAAUGGUGACUCCAGUCCUGAUGAUAAGAAGCAGGAGUCGGACAAGGAGAAGCCUGCUGAAGAGGCCUCUACAGGAGAUAACAGCAGGUAAGACAGACCGAUGGACUGUAUGACGGACAGACAGACGGGGGCCAAUGAGUUCUGGGUGUUUUGGAGUGCUUGCUCACAACAACAGACUUAACCAGAGCCACCAGACCUACAUGUGCAUACGCCGUUGACGAAUGUCCUCCAUCUCACUCUGUUCACUGUAUCUCUUUGGGUCUCAGUAGGUUUAAUGAACAAGAAUUCCUAAACCAAGCAAAUGUUCACACAAAAAUAAAUGUAUCAGCAUUUGUCAGUUUGCUAGUUAUAUCCCCAUUUGUGUUUGUAUAACUUCUAUAAACGUUCUUAACUGCACUGUGUGCUAGUUGCCGUCCCAUUUCAUAAUCCCUUUACAUGCAGUGUAGUGAAGGCCCAAGAGGAAUCCACCUGAUGAUGAAGAAACCUAUCUGACUGACUGAACUGAAGGGAAUGUUGGUGCUGCUGACCUGAACUCACUGCUCCUGAGUCCUGACUGAUCUGUGCUGCCACCACUUGCACACACUAGUCCAAACACCACCAAUCAGAGGUUAACUCCUGUUGCUAUGACUACAUGUCCAUUUCAAAUAGUACAAAUCCAGGCUCUUUUCUGGUUUGCACACCCACGUCCUUCUAAACCUUACAGAGCAGUGUCUUCCAUAGUCUUAUUUUAGAUUUCUUUUAACGAUUUAACUAUGGCUGUUUUUAAACUGAUGGUAGUAAAAAGUGGUUCCAUAAGGAAGAUAUAUUGUUAGUUUAAUACAGGCAUAUCUAACCCAUCCCUGACCUCAGAUUGUUUGUUUAAACGAUUCUACUAAGUGAAAUGUUGACCGUAUCAUGUUUGAGAAGGUCAUGGCAAAAAUGGAGUGGGUCAACGAAGCUGUAUAUUCUGUUUUAGAAUAUUUGACCAGAUAGUCUGUUUUUAGAAUCACUUAAUGUUUGACAUCCCAAUAUCUUUCAGUUCAACUCAAUUCUCCCAAUUAUACAAGAUGGAUGAUGUAUGGUAAGACUACAUAUACGGUAGUUACUGGUAGAGGAGUCUUUGUAUUACUUGUUAGUUUAGUAAAUGUAAUCAAUACUGACCAAUAUUACUCCUAGAGUAGGUGUACAUAUUUUUUUCCGAAUGUUCUUGCACAGAAAGGAAAUACUACUCCAGUGUGACAGUUUAUUUAGCCAAUAAAGUGCUUUUCUUUUUCUCGCACACCCACAUUUAAAUGUGUGUUUAAGUCCUCCAUUUU